AUGAAGCUCACCCUCACCUCAACCCUCAUGGCCACGACCUCCCUCCUCACCCUCUCGAGUGCCCAAUUCUCCAUCCCCAACAUCCCGCAAACCUGUCUCGAAAUCCCCCAAGUCCUGGGCAAUAAACCCCUCCAACUGCUAAGCUACUUCCACAAAGAAGUGUGCGAAAAGAACUGCACCGCAACCAUCAACCAACACAACCAAUACCUGCAACAGUCCGUGUUCCCGCAGAUCAUGAAAGAUCUCGACACGAAGCUCGACAUCUCCACCACCGAACAGGCGUCGUUCCAGAAGAUCCAAACGCAGGUCGAAGCCGCCAUUAAGAAGGAUUGCUACACCGAGGGCAAUAAGCAGCUGUGUAAUGAUCUGGAGGGAUUGGCGGAUUACGGGCUGUGUGUGUUGAAGGCCACGCAGCCGAUUAUCCUCAAGAGUAUUGGGGAGUUGAAGAGCUCGGUGAAUAUUACGGAUGCGGAUUGUCAGAAGAUUAAGAGUAUUGAUUCCGAUGCCACGGUGUGGGAGAAGACUUUGCCCGGGUAUGUGGAUCGGUUUGAGCAGAUUUGUGAGAGUGAGAAGAAUUAG